AUGAGCAAAACGGCCCGUGUUCCUCAGGUUGAGCCCCCUGCCUGGUUGCUGAACUGCAGCGUUUCUCCUGUGUUGCAGCAAGCGCUCAUCCCRGGGCCGCCCUUCCUGCUGGGCGCCUGCACCGUGGUCGUCGCCUUCCUCGUCGCCCUCUUCAUCCCUGAGAAAACCUGCUGCUCCUCUUCCUCCUCCUCUUCCUCCUCGGAGCUCUCCCUCAGCGACAAGCCCCUCCCAGACAGCAAGGAGGCGCUGUCCUCGCUGGCCGGCGUCCACAUCAACACGCCGCUGCCGGGCAGCGACGAGGAGGCCCCGCCCUCCGCCCGCGCCGAGGACUCCGAGCCGCUGCUSCAYGACAGCAUCGUCUGAGGAGCCAUGGGGGCGGAGCCUCUGCAGCCGGUGGGCGGAGCCUCUGCCGCUGUGUUUUCCUGUGUUUCCGUUAGCAACGUGGCCGGACUGAGUGUACUUUUCUCAUCGGAAGUUUUUGCCUCUUUGCCGAUCGGCGGGAUGAACUUUUAGCUUCAGAGGCACGUCGUCCUGACCAAUCAGGAUCCAUCUUUAAUGAGCCAAUCGGACGCAAGCAUGGAGGUCUCCAGGGAAGAAAGGGAAGAAAUCAGAGGGGAGGAGGCAGAUCCUUAACGUUUUAAUGGAGGAGUUCACUUCAUCUUUAAGGAUUUUUUAACUCUUUUGGUCAUUUUGAACGUGUUUUAAUUCAGAAGUAAAGUUUAAUGGCAGCCAAAACAUCCAGGUUUAUUUAUACGUUUGUUUUUUAAAUCMGUCAGUGUGUUUCUGUGGGUGGGGAUUGUAUUAAAACCAGCUAAAACAUGAGAAACRAACCGUUUUUAAUCUCACUCUGAGAUUAAACCAAAGCAAACUAUGGAUUACUGACAAUAAUUAGAAGGAAACAGGAAUGGACCCUCACAUUCCCAGUAAAACAARCGUUUUGGGUUUCAUUUUUCCCUGUGUGUCCCUCUACCUCCAGUUGUUAUGUUUCUCUCAGUGCUGCUGGCUGCUGGCAGAGGAAAACCCUCCGCCCGGCUCCCUGACGCCUCCCUCAGGGUCGGUUUAAUUCAUCCAAACCAACUCAGUUUCACUCGAGGCUUUUUCCCUGGCAGCAGUGAAACUCCUGAAAACAAACUUUAUACUUGAAGGAUCCGACAGAGAUUCCAAGAGCUUUAGAGAAGAUUUGAAGAUUUGAGUUUUACAGUAUUUAACUGCCACACUGUGUACAGAGUUAGCCAUGUCACGACUUUAAAUGUAAAUGCACUUUUGAAUGAAACUCUGGUUUGUAAAUACUGUAAGUGUGACGUGGGGUCGGCUAGUUUUCUGUCUCCGGUCGAGUUUAGAGGACACAUAUCAUCACAUUUUCCUUUUUUUUGUUGUUUUUUUAUUACAUUUUUUCAGGAUUAUUGCUGAUGAUGCUCGCAGUAAUUUUCUACAWCUGRAAUAGAAAAAUGCUGCCAAAGAGAGCCGGCGUUCAACUCAGAACUCAGCAUCAAAGUUCACCUGAAUUUAUAGUCUGAGAUCAUAAACGGAACAUUUAUGGGAUUUCUGCAGAAACGAGACCUAGCAAACCAGCACCACAUGCAGGAAUUUAAAAGCACUCACUGGGGUUUUUCUAGAUAUKAUAUGUCGUGUUUCACUAUAAGUCACAGAACAAGGACUAGAAGUCAUGUGAAAACUAAGACUUUAGUCCAGAAAAUCUGGACUGGUGUUGAGUUAGAUGUAGUUUCUGCUCCAGUUCUGAGCAGCAUUCUAACAACCAAUCACUGCAAGCCAUGCGGUGAUUAUUCAACUCUCAGUUCUCUUCAUUUAACCUGUCAUUUCUUUUACUUUGGGUCAAACAACAAUAGUAAUGUAGCUAAUCGCUCUGUCAUGUCACCCACUCUARUGUCUUGCAGUCACUAGAAGCUAAUGCUAAACAUCGAGUUUCUCUCCUUCAUUUGGCUCAGACAUGGAGAAGAAAAAGCUGGUUAUCAUGACUAAACAUGAAGAGUCCUGGUUCAUUUUGACAGCGGCAACAAAAAGCCAAAACUGUCUUAGCUGAUGAACUUUAUGCUCACAAACAGCCGCGGUUAGCAUCAAACAGCCGCGGUUAGCAUCUGAACUUCCUGUCCAGAACGAUCGMUGAYUCAUUUUGUUCAUUUUUAGGUUUUCCAGCCUGACCGAUGAUGUGUGUCCUGUAAAUGAGAGGCUAGCUGUUUCUGCUCUUGGAAUGCUUCUUCUGGCGUUUUAAUUCCCAAAUCCAGUCAGAACCGCAGAAGCCUUUUCAGACAGACGGAGGAAAUUCUCCAGAACCAGAACAGAACUGAAGUGCCAUUCUUACAAACCUGGGAAGGCGGGAUCCGUUUUUUUUUUUCCCAUGGAUCGGUUCGGAAACAUCUCGAGUCUGGCCUCGGAUGGGCAGCUAAAUGUUUCUGUAAGGUUUUUGUAUCCAAUCAGGAGCGAUCUCGGUGUGCUARCACUCGGUGUGCUARCACUCGGUGUGCUAACACUCGGUGUGCUAGCACUCGGUGUGCUAACACUCGGACCAGCAUCAGGGCUGGUUUGUUUUUUAAACUGGAAUUCAGCAGAGCUGGAUUCAAACCACUGAAAACGCGUUUAUUUUUUUAGCUCUUUUGCUAAUCAAACGGUUUGGUGAAACGGUUUUCCUUUGGAAGUGUUCCUGCCUCUCCUCAGCGCUCCUGUGAAUACCGACCCCAGCCGCGGCCCGGCGCGAUCCGCUGUGAAACCGGCCCGGUUCUGUAAAUGCUGUACAUGGAUUGACUGAAUGUCUGUUGGUGUGAGCUGAACUGGGAUGUCGUCUCGUCUGGAGCUGUAUUGAUAUUAAAAUGGUACAAACUCGUUUCA